AUUUCUGUUCAUACUCUAAAGUCAACCAGUUUGCAUUGCUUGCAUUCUUUGCACAGAGUAAUAAAAAGAUUGAUUCUCUGUUACAAAAUUGGUAAUUGACUGAUGUCAUCAUCGCGAUCAUCGUCGUUGUAUUUUUUUGUUAUAGUUUGGCAAAUGUUUAAUAAUUUUAUGUGAAGAUCUAAUUUGAACUAAUAUUUUUUAUACCUUACAAAGUGGUGUCUCAGUGCGUUGUCUGCAAUUAAAGUGCGUAUGGUCCGAGGACAUUGCGACCAUGUGAACAUUAUCAAUCCAAAAGCAAUUGAUUUUGGAAUCAGUGUAACCUGUGUGCAGUACCAUGUCUGGUACGGAGCAGAACAUUGUGAACUCAAUGCAACAAUUAUCUGUGCAACCAAGUAUUAGUGGUCCCACUGAGAAACCUACACAAGUGGUCACACCAGCCGUGAACAGGAGUCAGCCUUCAUCUGCUAAAGUCACCCCAGUGAAGGCUAGUACUGUCUCCCCAGCAAUAGCAACUAUUGAUCGACUUCUUAGUCUUGGUGCUAACAUCCCUCCACCACCCCCAGUAAUUACACGCACUUCAGAUAUGGAUCCUCAUACUGUAGAACAAUUACGAGCAGUGAAAGAGCUUCUAACAGCACAGGAAGAAGAGGCACAGAACUUAAGAGAUCUUAACCAUGAACUAAGGGAGAGAUUAGAAGAAUGUGAGGCUAAAAUUAAAAAAGUUACAGAUCAAAAUGAGGAAUAUGCAGAAAAAGAAAAAGUUCUUUCUCAAAGGGUGGCUGAAAAGGUUAGAAACAAUAAGCAGAUGAGUGUGGUGAUGGAAGAAUAUGAACGUACAAUCUCAUCGCUUAUUGGUGAGCGUGAAGCAGAAGCAAAAAGAUGGAAUGAUGAGAGAUCCACACUCAUAAGGGAGCGAGAUGAAGCAGCUGCUCAUCUAGCAUCUAUGGAACAUGCCUUUAAUGAUGUUCAUACAAAAUAUGAAAGAUGUAAAGUCAUAAUACAAGGAUAUAAAGGCAAUGAAGAGACUCUUAAACGAACUGUUGAAGAAAACAAUGAUGCUAUUCAAAAACUGGAGGCUAGAUAUGAAACGCUGCGGCAACAUGCUAUGCAACAACUUAAUAAAGCUAAUGCAGAAUUGGAUGCUGUGAAAAAAGCACAUCAGGCUGAAAUUCUAAAACUUAAUGCCAUGCUUAAAAAGAGUGAAGUUCAUGCCUCAUCACUCCAGGAGUCUUUAGCACAGAAAAUUAAGGACAAUGAGGAACUGACGGCCAUAUGUGAUGAGCUAAUCAACAAGGUCGGUUAAAGUAUUAAUCAUUCAACAUACUCAUACAGUUUUCCUUUUAACUAACAUGCAUUUUGUAUUUGUAUGCAUAUUAAUAUAUAGUGUAAUAUGACAAUUACACAGAGCAUUAUGAUCUUGGUGUAACACAAGCGUUAGUACUGUUACCAUUACUAAAAAACUAUAUUAUUUUUAUAACGAAUAAUGUGCAUUAUUUUUUUAUAUUUUGUGCAAUCAUCUUGUGUCAGUUUAUACUUUUGUACAAUUAUUAUAAUUUUAAGACCUAAUUUUCUUAAUUUUUUUUACAUUAUAUUGACUGUUAUCAGUUUGAGGAUUGAAAAUUAUAAUUCAGUAAGUAUUUAACUUUUUGGUGCCUGACCAUUUAUGAACAUUGUGUUUUGUAAAUAUGUAUGCUUUAAUUUAUGCUCCAGUAGGGAUUUUUCUGCCUGAAGGCAUUGGACCAUGCUUUUUGCCAGCAAAUGAAAUGUUUUAUCCAAUUUGAUUACUCACCAUUAGUUGUAUUUCUCAUCCAAAGAAAAUGUCAACAUAGAGAUUUUUAUUAUGACUAUAAUGUUAUGUCUUGGGGGUUAUAAAUCUUCAUUAGAACUAGCAUGCCAGCCACUUGCUGUUGUAUCAAAUGCUAUAAUCACCUUUUAUUAUUUAUUGUGGAUGCUCCACUGUAGUUAUUCCUAACAAUUAAUUAGCUGCCAUAUUUAAUGAAAUUCUUUUAAAUAUAAUUUAACUCUUGUUAGGUAUUGUAAAGCAAUGUAUUGGCUUAACAUAAUUUAUAAUACUAUAAUGUAUAAAAUCCAAUUAGGUAGUUUACUAAAUGGUCAAUGAAAGUAUAUAAUUGGUGAAAAUGGUCCGAAAAUGAUUUUUUCCUCUAGUCUUUUGUAUUAUUUACAGUUUUACCAACUUUUGUUUGAACUUUAUGACAUAAAUAAUUAAUUUUUGUCUUAAACACAGUAAAUAUUAUAAGCAAUAGCUAUGACAUUAACUUAAAAAUACAAAAAAAGGCUUAAAUACAUAGUAAGUAGCUUUAUAUGGAAUAAUAAAUGAAUCAAUAGAUUUAGGUCUUUAUAAAAAUUAUCAUUUAUAUGAUUUAUAGAGAGACAAAGUACAUACCAAAAAUGUAGUUGGUUUUGUCACAAUGAAUAUGGACAGAUUGUUUCAAUUGGUGUUAGGAUUUAUACGGAAACAUGGAUAGAGACUUGAAUAAUAUAAUAUGUAUGUGCCUUUCAAAAUUUACUCUUCACCCUCCAGUACCGUUCGGUUGAUGAAUCAACAUUCAUAAAAUGAUGUACCAGUACCAUUGUGGGAUCCAGUACUGAUCUAGUACAGUGAUAUUUUUUCGACCAAUAUUUCUUUUUGUGGAAUAAACCCUACUAAAACACUAACAUGUAAAAUUCCAACAUUCCACAUUACAUUAUUUUUAUAAAUAUUUUUGAAUUUCCCUUCAGUUUUCAUGUUUGUUAUUGUCAAUGGUAACUCUUUGUAUUAUGGCUUUUCCAUUUUGAUAAGUUCCACCACGUGAUAAACAGAAAGAUUAUUCUUUUAUUCCACAAUGAAAGCAGAUGGCUGUAUUCGUUUUGGGUAGUUUAAGUAUAAUCUAGUAAUACCACGUAUUUUUUUAUAAUUUUAUGUUUUGUAUUCAAACCUGCAAUUUAUUCAAACGGAUAAAUAAAAAAUAAAUUGUUUCCAUUUGUA